AUGAAGUGUCUUGUCGAACUAUUCAAGGAUCGUGUUUUAGCAAACCCUAAUGCUAUUGCUCUAGAGGACAGUACCGUGGCUGGUGUUUCCCAACGACUGACCUACCAAGAGCUCGACAUAUUAUCUGACCGCUUGGGCACUGAGCUGACACAACAUGGAGUCAGUGCAACUGAGGUCGUCCCAAUACUUUCAGGGCGAUGUACUGGCUCAGUCAUAGCUAUUCUCGCCGUCUUAAAGCUGCGAGCAUGUUACGUCCCAAUGGACAUUGACACUUGGGGUGCAGAUAGGCUCGAAAGCACACUCGACCGGGUGAAACCAACAUUAAUCAUAACGACAAAAGCCGGUGUACUGUCGAAAGCUUCAGAACAGUAUCAUCUACUGUAUAUCCGGCCGGAUGGAAGCGGCUUCGAAUUCCUGGCGCGCCAAGUCGAUCCGACAAACACGCCACGGAAUUCCAGCUUGCAGAGUCAACAUGACUGCAUCGAAGAGGACUGGGCAUACAUGAUCUUUACGAGCGGAAGCACUGGGAAGCCUAAGGGGGUGAUAGUAAAGCAAAAGUCGAUAUCGACGCUUGUGACGGAACACGACCCUCACUUGCCAUUCAAUUUGAACGCCGGUCUUGAAGACAGAGUACUUCUGAUUUUCUCAUUUGCAUUUGACGCAUGUGCAUACGUCAUCUUGUCUACGCUGUGCAAUGGGGCCACCCUCGUUCUGUCAAGCCCUACAACAUUGGCGGACGUGGCAGACACUUGCUCAAUAUGGAUCACCACGCCCAGCAUCCUCUCAGCCAUGGACCCGACAAAUGGCUACAAGAAUGUGAAAUGGAUCAUAAUGGGUGGUGAAUCGCCCACACCGUCACUGAUCAAGAAUUGGAGCAUUCCGAAUCGAAGGCUCAUCAACGCCUAUGGCCCUACUGAGGCCACCUGCGUGGUGUCCAUGGCUGAGCUGCGUCCUGGGACACCAAUCACCAUGGGCUGGCCAAUAUCUUACUGCAAAGUACUCCUCGUGGACGCAGACGAUAACGAAAGCGACGAAGGCGAACUUCUUCUGGGCGGCCCAGGGAUAGCGGUCGGCUACCUAGGAGAUGAAGAGCUCACCAGCGCAACGUUUGUUCGACGAGGCCCUGACGACGAGAUCUUCUAUCGGACGAGGGACUACGCCAAGCGGACAGCAGAUGGCUACGUCUUUUGCGGGAGGAAGGACGGCGUUGUGAAGAACCGCGGCUUCUUGGUGAACUUGGAGACUGAAGUCGAGCCAGCCAUGAUUGACUCGAGCGGGGACGAGACAUCACUCAGGGUUCAGCAGUGUGCCGCAAUUAAGUCGACUGAGGGCUCACUGGUCGGAUUUGUUUGUCCUGUUUCUGCAGCGGAGGGCCUCCGCGAGCGGAUGCUUGAACACUACUCGGCGUUCCUAGUGCCAGACACAAUUCACGGGAUCGAGUCGUUUGAACUCACUCCAAAUGGAAAGAUCGACCGAAAGGCACUGGUCGCUUUGCACGAGAAGACACAGUUGCCGCAAUUCUUGAACGCGGACAUCUUUCUCCAGCACGUACGGGAUCAGGGCAAAUCCAUCACACCACUAGAAGCUGUGAGACACGCUGUUUGUACGGUUUUGAGGAUAGUACAGGCACGAGUGAAUGAUCAGGCUUCGUUUCGUGCCUUGGGUGGACACUCGCUCGCUGCUGUGAUGCUGGUGUCCACGCUGAGAAAACUGGGGUUUAGUACCGACGUCGCGACUAUUUACUCCAAGGACACGGUGGCUGCUAUUGCGUCGGCGUUGGAGAGAACGGAAGUCGAUUCAAUGGAAGCAUGUUCUCUGGAGGCGACUGAGGCUGACCGAGCAAGUUUUCGAGAGGUUUUGACAAGUUCCUCCAGCAAGCUGGCCGAUGUGCAAAUCUUCCCCGCGACCGACAUGCAAACUCGCAUGGUCAGGGGAACAGUCGCGAGUCCAUCUAUGAACUUCCUCAAGAUUGGUAUGACCUUCGAUCAUCCAAAAAUGGACCAUGGAACGUUCCUCUAUGCCUUGCGCCAAGCGUGGAUUGCGCUGGUCAAAAAACACUCCAUAUUACGCACUUCAUUCCGCCUUGACAGCCUGUCCGAACCAGUUCAGAUCUUGGACGGUGCUCAUAAUAUUCAGUGGGACGAAAUAUUAGUAAAUUCCGAAGCUGAAUGGGACACGAUAAAGGACGACACGGCUAAUUUCGGGCCCAAGGAGCUCAUGUCCUUCGACGAACAAGACCAGAACUCUUUAUCCAGGUUCCGAGUAUUCACCCUCGACGGAGUCAAAUCCAGGGUGGUGUGGGUGGUACAUCACGCGCUCAUCGACGGCUGGUCGGCAUCUAUUGUGCUUCAUGACCUAUGGGAACUGCUACACGGGAUCCAGGAGGCUCAGACUUCCUGUCCACAGUUCUCCGACGCAGCCUGGUGCAUGCGCAACCUGACUAGGAGAGACUCAGAGGUAGCGAAAAGUUUCUGGAAAGAAUUACUCCACGCUCAGAGCCAGAGCAUCCCCCGUCUUCGCAUCCCUCCGCCAUCUACGGAGGCGUUAGGGCCCUACACGCAGGGAGAAGGUCGCCGGAAAUUGUCUAUCAAAAUGAGCCAAAUGAUUGAGGCCGCUAAAGAGCGUGGAGUGACUACGGCUUCACUGGUAUACAGUGCGUGGGCAAUCUUGCUCUCCAGGUACUGCGACUCCAAGACUGUCGUCUUGGGUGCCGUUCUCUCCGGGCGAAGCCUGCCUUUGGACGGUGUUGAGAAGAUCAUUGGGCCAAUGGUUAAUACGCUGCCCAUGCCAGCCGCAGUGAACCCUGAUAUGGCCGUGUCAGAGUUCCUGCAGCAAACAUUCCGGUCUCUCUGCCGUCUGCUCGACUUUCAGUGGACACCCAAUUCGCUGAUUCAAGAAGCCACGGGGUCACUUGGUACAGAAUACUACGACACUCUGUUGGCUAUUCAGUACGACUUCCCAGCAAGUGAAUGGCAUGGGCAUGAGCCGCGCAUGUGCUCACCUCCAUAUGAUGUGUCUUACGUUGAGACCACGGAAAUGCCUCUGACAGUCAUGCUUGAUGUGAUUGAUGAGCACUUGGACGUCAGGUUCAUGUAUAACAAAUCGUAUUUCCGCGACAGCAUGAUCGAUAGCAUGAUGAGCCACUUCGAAAAUAUAUUGGCUGCAUUCCUUGAUGCCUGCCUCGAAGACCCACGACAAUCUGGGCACACCGUUGGCGAUAUUUCUGAUCGAAUGCUCGGACAGAAGGAGCUAUCAGAACGCCUGAACUGCACUGGUCAAGAAGUCGAAGAACCCUAUCAAGGCCCAGAGACUCUUCCCGAGGCACUUGAGGUAUCGUUGAGCAGACAUCAAAAUCUUUUGGCCAUCGAAGGUUUGAACAGGAGCUUGACUUACGGUGAGCUGGACAAAGAGACAGCCCGAAUAUGCCGGGUACUACAACACUACGAAGUCAAGCCGGGGAAAACUGUUUGUGUCGUUGCGGACGGUUCCGUCGAGUGGCUCCUGGCAAUCAUGGCCGUUGUCAGAGCGGGUGCUGCGUAUUGCCCGGUGGAUCACAAGCUCCCUUGGGAGCGGCAGAAAUACAUGGUAUCUGUCUGUUCACCGCCAGUGGUUCUGUUCUCGAACAAAUCAUCCAGGAAAGGCAGUCCCGGAUUCGAGAACGUGCCUGUUCUGCUCGACGUCGAGACCAUACUGUCAGAUGACGAGAAAAAUGACAAUCCAGAUGAUUCCAGUGAAGGACCUAAGGAAGCCUUGAAGACAGUUUCCUCACUGGGGGGAGACAUGAUCGCCGUGGUCAUUUUCACCAGUGGCAGCACAGGCUUUCCCAAGGCCGUUCAGCUUCAACACAAAGCGAUCCUCUCACUCUUGAGCCAUGCACCAGCUAGGCUAUACUCCCAGCCUGGCCAACGCAACGCCCAGCUCCUGUCCCUCGGUUUCGACUGCUGCGUCAAGGAGGUGUUCUCCAGCCUAUUGUAUGGGGCGACACUCGUGUUGAAGGACGCUUCGGACCCUCUUGCACACUUGUCCAAGGUCGAUGCCACCGUAUGCACUCCGUCCUUGAUUUCCAGCCUUGAUCCUGCUCAAUACCCCAACCUGAAGAUCAUAACUCUUGUCGGUGAGGCACUCCCAUCUGUCCUGGUGCAGAAGUGGCUGCCCGGAAGGAUGCUUCAAAAUGGAUACGCCCCUGCUGAGUGUACGCUUAUUGCGACUGCCCAUCGUCUACAGCCCAACACACCAAUCUCCAUCGGCAAGCCGGUUCCACGGGUGAAUUUCUAUCUCCUUGACUCCACUGGCCGCCCGGUACCUGUUGGCGUGACUGGUGAGAUUCACAUCUCGGGUAUCCAAGUGACACCAGGAUACCUCAACAACACCGAGGAGACAAAGGCUCGCUUCCUGUCAGAUCCAUUCCGCGAGGGCUGGAAGAUGUUCCGAACAGGUGACAUGGGCCGCUGGCUCGAAUCUGGUGACAUUGAGUAUAUUGGCCGUAAUGACAACCAGGUCAAGGUGAGGGGAUUUAGGCUUGAUCUUGGAGAUAUAGAGGCUUCCAUACUCCGAGUGGCGCCAGGAGUCGACAAUGUUGCUGUUGUAGUAACUAGGGGCAGUCUUCGAGCAUUCGUGACGCCAGAGAAUUUGGAUACCGAACAGCUUCUCCAAAUCCUUCGGAGCCACUUGCCAGACUAUAGCACUCCAAAUAACAUCACCGCGAUGAAGGAGUUGCCUCUCUCGCGCAACGGCAAGGUCGACAGGGCCCGACUUUCUGAGAUGCGGCUAGAGCGCGAUUCUGGCCACCAGCCACUAGCAUCCCAGACUGAACGAGAUGUUGCCAAAGUCUGGGCCGAGUUGCUUGGAAGGGACGUGGCAGAAAGCCCAAUCGGUGCAUCUGACGGGUUCUUCGACAUCGGAGGCCAUUCACUCCUGCAGAUCCGUCUCACACAAAGACUUUCGAAACUAUGGGGAAUCAAGGUCCCGCUCAGGGUCAUAAUACGGCAUCAGAUUUUGCGAGAGUUAUGCCAUGCCUUGGACGAGUAUUUGGGGCGGCAGAAUCUUGACACGACGUUGGGUCAGAACGCGCCAACAACAGGAGAGGACUAUUGCACUAAGCGCUUUGUCGACACUCAGAAGUCCUUGAGGUCUGAAAGGACGCCAGCUUCAUAUCUCGAGCAGGAAAUGGUACUCAAUCAGCUUCUGUGUGGAGGGUCACCUAUAUGGAACAUUGUGUACUCCUGCAAUGUAUAUGGUCCUCUGGAUCUUCGACGACUGGCUGCAGCAUAUCAGCGGACAUUGGAGAAGCAUGAAGUCUUACGGUCUCAGUUCCAUAUCGAAAAUGAUGGAACUGUUUCCCGCUCGAUAUCGCCUCUUGGUGAAUGGAAGCUGCAAAAUCGCACAUGCACCCAAGAUGACGUUGACGAGUUCAUUUCCAAGACUGUUCAGCACCCAAUGGACCCUUUCAAGGAACCACUUUUUCAAGUGCAUACUGCCAGCAUAACACCAUGGAAGACGAUCAUCAUCGUGGUAAUAUCACACAUCAUCGGCGACGGACCCACCCUCCAUCACGCUCUGAGUGAGCUUUCAGCCGAGUACUGUGAGCAAACAACCGCAGCUGGUUCUGAUAACCCCAAUGUCCCGAACUCGGCGCCAACACCACCUCUGGACUACCUCGACUGGUCCUCAUGGGCCCGUAAAGCCCUACUGGGAUGCCCUAGCGACGAUACGUCAGCUUUCUGGAAAGAACAACUCUCCAACCCAGAUGUAUGCCGCCCCCUCGGCCAGCUUCCCCAGCCUCACAGCUACCGCGGUCAGACACGCACAUGGAUCGUACGGCCAGAACAUCACAGGCGCCUCGUCAAGCUGAGCCUUGGCUAUGGGAUCACUAUGCACCAGCUAGCGCUGGGUGCGACAUUCCUCGCCCUCCAAAGCCUCGAAGCUCGACCAGCCCGCGGCCCAACGACCAUCGCGCUUGGGGCCCCGAUGACAAUGCGGACUGAGGUAGGCACUGAGGACAUGUUAGGAAUGCUCCUCGAUCGUCUUGUUGUGCCCCUAACGUGGGACUUUGGCGCUUCUACGGGUGAGAGCACGCCGGGAGGACCAAGCCCACUAGCACAAUUCUUCGAUAUGGUUGGGGAACGUAGCAGGGCUGCCCUCGGGCAUUUUGUUCCUCACCGAGUUCUUCGCAAGAUCCUGCGAGAGGCAGAUGACGCUGGGACCAAUAGGGCAGAGCUAAGCCUGGAGUGGCCACUGUUCCAGGUCAUGGUAUCGUUCCACACAGCCAUGGAAACAAAGGGUGGACGCCUGAGGCUGGAGGGCGUGGAGACGGUGGAGGGCGAGGAUGUGCGGCCUCAGUGCGCCAAGUUCCCAGUCAUGGUUGAGUUUACGGAUAAAGGCGACCGGGGACUGCAAGUAGAGUUGGAAUGCACGAAUGAGUUACUGGAAGACGAGCGGGCAGACAGGCUGGAGAAUGCUCUGGCGAUGACUCUGGAGCUACUGGGGUCAGGGACGAGUAUCGAUGGGAUCAUGCGGAUCAUCACUGACGCUACGGUCCGGCACGAAGACCGGCUGCCUACACCACAGUCGGAGAGGGAGAGUCUGGACUACAAACAAGAGGCUGAGGGGAGGGGAAUCAGUGCGAGUGAUGACCGCAGGGUCUCGAUUAUCAGGGAGGCCGUGUCAGAGUGCCUUCAUCGUCCUCUGGACAACUGCCACGGCGCUGAGACAUUUUGGGAGCUGGGCGCGCAUAGCAUGGACGCCUUAGUCCUGCAGAAGCUGUGCGAGAAGAAGGGCAUAGAGUUGGAUUUGAGGACGAUGUUCGAGACGCCCAACUUGACAACUUGGUAG